AUGUUCACAGUAACUGUGGCCACGAAGAGCUUCUGGUUACUUGAUUUUAUGUAUCUAUCACCACCCACAAUGAUUAAUACCGAUUCCAAAGUUGAAUUAAUCAAUGAAACAACUAAAGACACACACAUUGGAGAUCGAUGGAAAUCCGUUGAAUUCAAUGAAGGAAGACUCCUACCAAUGUCACAAAAUCCAGUAAGCAAGGAAGCUGUUUCUGGUGAGAUCUUUCGUGUAUAUUCGUCAAAAUGGGAUUAUCACUACAUCUCAGGGCCAGUCGUUUACACUCAUAUUUGCUGUGGAGGUCGCAGGUGUCCGAAAAGUUAUCGAAAAUUUAAUGAUUUAGAUCAAAAUUCAGGGAAAUUUACUUUGCAACGGGCUCGUCAGUUGACUUUG